AUGCGCCACAGAAGAUAUCCGGUGAAAAAGACAACAAAGAUAAAGGCAAGCGAUCCUUUGUCCAAGGGGAAAGGUGGAGGAAAGAAGGUAGACUUAAAGUAAGUACUGUUUUGUUGAUUUUAAUUUUUAGAAUGAAUAAUACUUGUUUUCAAUGUUUAUAAGGAAAGUGAUCCAUAAUGCGUGUUUAGAAAGAAUUUAUUAACAAUUUUGGAUUCUUAUGAAUUAACUGCUAAUUUUCGUUGUUUAGGAAAAAGAACAGGCCUCCAACUCUUGAUGAGAUUGAUCAUCAGAUGGUGCCACGACGUCUGAAGGAAAUAGAAGAAGCCAAGAACAAUGAACUCAAUGGGGAAGGAAAGAAGAAAAAGAAGAAGCGAAACAAGAACAAGUUUUUAGGUAAUAAUUUUUGCUAGUAGCUAUUUUGGUGUUGUUUUACAAAUAUUUUUGUCUUUGUCAAAUAUUUGUUUAUAUAUGUAAUAAUAUUUAUAGUGCCAAAACCAGAUAUUUUCAUGAUUUUGUUGUUUCAGAAUUGACCGCAAAGAUGGGAUUCCAACAGAGGCCUUGGGAAGACAACCAACAGCUGAUGAAAAGGAUAAUGAGGACGAAGAACAAGGCAUUAGAUGACGAAAUGAUAAAGGUCAAGGCAGGAACGGCAGGCAGAGAUGUAAAGGAGUUGGAGAAGGAGUUUGACGAAACCGAAUAA